AUGACGUCGACGUCCACGACGCCGAUGCGUGCGCGCGUCGUGCGCACCGCGCCCGCUCGAAGCGCCAACGCGGUCGUCCGCGCGAGCGGAGACGAAGCGGAGAACAGCGCGCGGUACCGCCGCGCCGCGGAAGACGACGAAGAGGUCGGUGGAUUGAUCGGGAAGCUCGUGAGCUCGCUCCCGGAUGGGCGGAAAGAAACGGCGCCAGAGUCGUACGGAGCUCGACCGGAGAGCCGGACGCUCAAGGAGGGCCGGUACGCCAGAGGUGAUCCGAUUCGAUCCGGAUUGGUGCGCGAGGACACGAUCCGAGGCGAGGACUUCGAGGUCGUCGAGGGCGGGGCGCCGUCGGUGGGGACGCUGGUGACGCUCGCGGUGGGCGCGGGCGUCUUGUUCGGCGUGUACAAGGUGGUCGAUCUCAUCGGGCAGGCCCCGGCGGAGACGCCCCGACGAUCGAGCGCGAGGAUGCCGGCGAGUGACAGGGAUAUCGCGACCAAGGCGUCGGUCGCGGCGCCGGCGGUGUCCAUCGAGUAA